UGAUGUAUUGAUCUGAUGUUUUCCUCCUCUGCGCUCACACUGAACUGCUCGUCACACAGCUCGAGGCAGAGAGCUGACUUCCGGUAUGUUCACGGAAAAAACCUGACAAGUGUUGCUGCUUCCGGCUUUAGCUUCCUCUCAUCACACAGAGAAAUGACUGCAACCUUACGCCCAUAUCUCAAUGCAGUGCGUGCUACUCUGCAGGCCGCCCUCUGCCUGGAGAAUUUCUCCUCUCAGGUGGUGGAGAGACACAACAAGCCAGAGGUGGAAGUACGGAGUAGUAAAGAGCUUCUCCUGCAGCCUGUGAUCAUCAGUCGUAAUGACAAAGAGAAAGUUCUCAUUGAGGGAUCCAUCAACUCUGUUAGAGUCAGCAUUGCUGUCAAGCAGGCAGAUGAGAUUGAGAAGAUUCUUUGCCAUAAGUUCAUGCGUUUCAUGAUGAUGAGAGCAGAGAACUUCUUCAUCCUGAGGAGGAAACCAGUGGAGGGCUAUGACAUCAGUUUUCUCAUCACCAACUUCCACACGGAACAGAUGUACAAACACAAACUGGUGGAUUUUGUCAUUCAUUUCAUGGAGGAAAUCGACAAGGAGAUCAGUGAAAUGAAGUUGUCUGUCAAUGCCAGGGCUCGUAUCGUCGCUGAGGAGUUCCUCAAAAAUUUCUGAGACAGAGAGAGAAAACCCAGGAACACAUUCCUUUUGCAAUCUUGGCCGUCACUGUGGGUCGUCACACCACAGGGCAGAGAGGAGGCAAAAUAUGAUCAGCCAAGAGAAAAACAGAAGAUGUACAGUAAAGAUGUACGGGCCAAUGUUGUUUUCGCCCUUUAACCUUAAAAUAUGCCUCUGCUCAAAAAUAUUGAUGCUUGUACAUAAUGAAUAUUCACACCAGACCUUUUUUUCUGCCUUUUUAAAACAUCAAAAGAAUUCAGGGCAGGUCCUUUUUUAAAAGGAUAUUUGUAAUCAAUAUUAGUGAGCACAGGAUAUAUUAGAUUUUUUUUUUUUAAAUAAUUUAAAUGUUUUUUAAUAUAUAUAUUAUAUGCACAUGAAUUUGAUUUAGCUGUUUUGUCAUGACAGACUUUAAACCAUGAGGGCAAUCAAUUGGCGCACAUUUCUUGUCGCGAGUACGGAGAGUAAAAACCUAUUGUAAAUGGAAAGAAGGAAAAUAAAUACACUUGCUGGCAGUGAAGUGAAAUAAAAAUGUUAUCUUUG